AUGAACAAAUCCACAGUGACAGAUAUUGAAGAAGACGAAGAAAAUGCUGAUGGUACAAGAGAGGACACAAUAACACCAAUGAUGUACGGAAGACAACCCAUCUCUACGGAGACUUCCAAGCAAAGGAAGACCAAGAAAUUCAUUCUAUCCAAGUAUACAAUCUACGAAACCAACGAACGAAUGUACAUCGUUGGAUCCAACAAGCGAGAGACCAUGUUCCGAGUCCUUGAGAUAGACCUCACGGUACCACAGGAUCAAUUGAAUGUCCUGGAAGAUAACGUGUUCUUUACGAGAAAUGAAAUCAUGAACGUUCUGGCAGGUUUGGAGGAUGCUAGUGAUAUGGGACUUAUUAAGAGACUUACAGGGUAUGGUCUGCUGGGAUUCAUUAAAUUCACUAGUGUUUAUUAUCUGGUGGUGGUCACCAAAUGCAGCCAGGUCGCAGUCAUUGGAGGCCAUUUCGUAUUACAUAUUGAUGGAACUGAAUUGGUUCCCAUUUCAAAUAAUUAUAAGAAACCGGAUAAGGGAUCCAUGGAGGCUAAAUUGAUGCAAACGUUCCAGAAUCUUGAUUUGUCACGAACUUUUUAUUUCAGUUAUACUUAUGAUGUGACUAAUACGUUACAAGUGAAUUUAUUGAGGGAAAAAUUGAAAGCUGUUGGACGUGAUGAUAUAUCCAUUCCAAGUGGCAUUGAAGACUAUAAUGAAAUGUUUAUUUGGAAUAAUUUUCUUUUAAAACCUAUAUUUUCAUGUAUCGAAACAGUUUAUGAUUGGUUUCAAUGUAUCAUUCAAGGUUUCAUUGAUCAAGUUAACGUCUCAGUAUUGGGGAAAAACAUUUACAUUACAUUAAUUGCAAGACGGUCACAUCAUUUUGCUGGGGCAAGAUUCUUAAAGAGAGGUGUCAACACAAAUGGGUUUGUAGCGAAUGAGGUGGAAACUGAACAAGUUGUCGCUGAUAUGACGCUAACUCCAUUCCACAAACCAGGGAAUGGAUAUUUUGAUAGUGAUAGAUACACAUCAUUUGUACAACAUAGAGGAUCUAUUCCUCUCUAUUGGACCCAAGAAGCCUCAAAUUUAACCGCAAAACCACCCAUCGAAAUUAAUGUAGUAGAUCCAUUUUUCAGUCCAGCUGCAUUGCAUUUUGAUAAAUUAUUCCAAAGAUAUGGUGGAGGCGUAAUCCAAAUCCUGAAUUUAAUUAAAACAAAGGAGAAGAAACCUAGGGAGACUAAAUUAUUGAAAGAAUUUGAAGAAUGCAUCACAUAUUUGAAUAAAUUUUUACCGGAUGAUAAAAAAAUGGAUUAUGUUUCCUGGGACAUGAGCAAAGCUUCAAAACAAGACGGUCAAGGUGUCAUAGAAUUUUUAGAAACAUAUGCUGCUAAGAGUGUACAAAAGACAGGUAUUUUUCACAAUGGGAAAGAUUUCAAAUCAACGGCUAUUCAAGAGGGGAUAUGCAGAAGUAAUUGCAUUGAUUGUUUGGAUCGUACAAAUGCCGCACAAUUUGUUAUUGGGAAGAGAGCAUUGGGGGUUCAACUAAGGCAACUUGGAAUUAUAGAUAACUCGUUUUUGGAAUAUGAUUCUGAUAUCGUCAAUAUACUUACUGAGUUAUUCCACGAUUUGGGUGAUACAAUUGCAUUACAAUACGGUGGCUCACAUCUUGUAAAUACAAUGGAGACAUAUAGAAAAAUUAACCAAUGGAGCUCUCAUUCAAGGGAUAUGAUCGAAAGUAUAAAAAGGUUUUACAGCAACUCAUUUGUUGAUGCACAGCGUCAAGAUGCUAUUAAUCUAUUUUUAGGUCACUACAUUUGGAAAGAAGGUUAUCCAGCAUUAUGGGAGAUGAAUACAGAUUUUUAUCUCCACAAUGAAUACGUUACCAAUGGAUUGAAAAGAAGCUAUACUCACUGGUGGAACACUUACCAUGUAAAAGGCUUGAAGAAAUUGUUAACAGAAGAGAUCUUAGAGAAAAAUAAUGACAUAACAAAGGAAAAGACGAUUUUAAACGUUCGCGGAUAUCCUGGUGCAUUUGAUAAUUAUUGGAAUGAGUAUUAUGCACCAAGAGCAGUGACAUGGAUUACAGAUUUGUUUGUCUUUAACAUGAACUCGACUCGAAGAUACCAUAACUUAGCAACAAAUAGUAAAGAAGUUUCUCCAUUUUUGUCUAGGAAACAAAGUUCAUUUAAUAAAAAGUUAAAAUUGAUAACAGAAGCACAGGGAAACAAGAAACAAGAUAAAGUUAACAUUGAAUUAGAAGCAGUAAAUGAAAAAUUUACCUCUUAUGAUGAAAUAGAACUUUGUGACCAACAGCUGCAUAAUAUAGUUGAAACGAAAGAUACCAUCGAGAAACAUUUGGAAAAUUUUCUUCCCUAUGAACUGCCCAUAUUUCAUGAUGAAUGGUUGCUAAAUCACCCUUCACACGGGCACCCAAGAAGGCAAGAAUUUGAUAAUGAAAACAGGGAUGAAAUCGGCGACACACCGCCAAUUGUCACGAGCGCUUCAUAUUUGCCUAAGGUGUCUGUAGAUUUAGCAUUCUAUCAGAAUGUUGUUGAUAUAGAUAGUUAUGAGGCUCAAAGCGAUUAUGAGAUGAUAACGAACCUUACAACGAUGAGUGUUGAUCCAAAUGAAGAACAAAAGUAUUCUGACGCAGUGACUAAUAUUAGGAGAGAAUUUGCAUUUUUAUAA